AUGGCUGCUGGCCGGCGGCCCUCACGCCGGCUGCUGGCGCACAGCCACGGGGAGGGACCCGAUUGCAUUUUUUCAAAACUAUUUUCAUGUUCAUGUAUCAAUAAGCCACAAACUGGCAACCAAGGCCAUGCAGCUCGCCACACCAUCGGUAACAAGUGGCUUCCACUAUUUUCAUGUUCAUGUAUCAAUAAGCCACAAACUGGCACCAAGUCUGAUAGUGCCAGUCAUGUUGAUGAGUUGACAUUUGAUAGAGUGUCUAUGUCCAAGAAAAUUAAGUUAGUGACCAAGGAUAUACAUGCAUUGUGCGAUAUGCUCUCCAAAUUGCUCAGUGUUACACCCCAUAGCAGCACAACUGUAACCCUAACACGGCCUCUUGUAGGAUCAACGAUUUCACAAGAUAGACUGUAUGGUAGAGAGGACAUUUUUGAGAAAACCAUAAAUUGUAUCACCAGCUGCUGUGAAACCCUUUCUAUUCUUCCCAUAGUUGGACCAGGCGGUAUUGGAAAAUCAACACUUACUCAACACCUGUAUAAUGACACAAGGACCCGAGAACACUUUAGUGCCAGGGUCUGGAUAUCUGUAUCCACUGAUUUCGAUGUGCUUAAGCUAAACCAGCAAAUCCUAAGCUGCAUGCCUGCUACUGAAGAAGAAGAAAGCAAAACUACACAUGAAACAAAUAGCUUAAGCAGCAUUCAAGAAUACAUUGCACAGAGACUGAGAUCUAAAAGGUUUUUAGUUGUCUUGGAUGAUGUAUGGAAAUGUGAUAAUAUGUCUGAAUGGAAAAGUCUGUUAGCUCCGUUCACAAAGGGGGAAGCCAAAGGCAGCAUGAUAAUUGUCACAACUCGGUUUCCAAAACUAGCAGAUAUGAUGAAAACAGUUGAUCAACUACCACUAGAACUGCAAGGUUUGGAGCCUAAUGACUUCUUCGCAUUCUUUGAAGAACGUAUCUUUGGUGAACUCGACAGACCUGAAGGUUACAUUGACAUUUUGAGUGGUAUCGCAAGAGAAAUUGCAUAUAAGUUAAUGGGUGACCCUCUAGCAGCCAAAACAGCCAGUCGACUAUUGAGGAAAAACAUGUCUCAGGAACAUUGGAUGGCAGUUCUUGAACACAAGGAAUGGGAAUGUAGUAAAGACGGUGACGAUAUUAUGUCAUCACUGUACACUAGCUACGACUACCUCCCUUUUCUCCUGCAAAAAUGCUUUUCCUACUGUGCCCUUUUCCCAAAAGGUCAUAGGUUUAGUCAUUUAGAAAUGAAUCGUUUUUUGACUGCGGUAGGCAUCAUAGACUCUACUCACCAAGACGAUACAAAUUAUUUGGAAGAACUAGUGGACAAUGGUUUUCUUCUUAAGGCAGAUGAUUUGAUUGGUCAAAACUAUAUAAUGCAUAAGUUAUUGCAUGACCUAUCUCAAAAGGUUUCAGUACAAGAAUGCCUCAACAUAAGUGGAUCAGAUUUUAAAUCUGACACAGUUCCACAAUCUAUUCGACACCUGUCUAUCACUUUGAAAGAUACAUAUGAUGAAAAUUUUCUUGAAGAAGUGAGUAAACUAAAAACUAGGAUAGACAUUGCAAAUUUACGGACUUUGAUGAUUUUCUGUGAAUAUCAAGGAAAUUUUGCUGGUAUUUUAAAAGAUACGUUUGAGGAAGUAGAUAGUCUGCAUGUCCUAUUUAUAGUUGUGAAAUCCCUGGAUGAUUUGCCAAAAGGCUUUUCAAAACUUAUCCACCUCCAGUACCUCAAACUUGGAUCACCUUAUGGCAUAGAGAUGGCAUUACCUAGCACACUAUCAAGAUUUUAUCACUUGAAAUUCUUAGACCUAGAAGAUUGGCAUGGUAGUUCUAAUGUUCCAAAAGACAUUAACCGCCUUGUGAAUUUGCAAGACUUCAUUGCUAAGAAAGAACUCCACUCCAGUGUUCCUGAGGUUGGAAAGAUGAAGUAUCUACGGGAACUAAAAGAAUUCUGUGUUAAGAAAGAGAGUGUUGGAUUUGAAUUAAGAGAGCUGGGGGAAAUGACAGAGCUUGGAGGAGAACUCAGAAUAUGCAAUCUCGAAAAGGUAGCAACCAAAGAAGAAGCUAGUGAAGCCAAACUGAAGUCCAAAAGGAAUCUGAAGAAGUUAACAUUAGUUUGGGGCAGUGAAGAACGGACUGUAGAUGGUGAUGUUCUUGAUGGUCUUCAACCACAUCCUGAUCUUAGAGAGCUUUGCAUUGCAAAUCAUGGUGGUGCUGUUGGUCCCAGCUGGUUGUGUGUUGACAUUUUGCUGAAACAGCUAGGGGCUCUCCAUCUGGAAGGGUUGUCUUGGGACACUCUUCCACCUUUUGGGCAGCUACCAUACCUCACCAAACUCGUUUUGAAGAAGAUUUCUGGAGUGCGUCAGUUGAGAAUACAGGACAUGGCAUCGCUGGAGUCAUUGAUGAUAUGUAGAUGUGGCAACUUCUUCUCUGGGUGUUCCGUGGAAGAAGCAGGAGGAGGAACUGGGACAAUGAAGCCUUUCCCUGCUUCCCUCAAGAAGCUUGGUAUUUCAACUGAGUCAAGCAUACAGUCAAUGGCUCUGCUCUCAAACCUCACGUCUCUCACCCAUCUGACACUAAAAGAUUGUGUCAAGUUAACAGUGGAUGGAUUCAAUCCGCUGAUCACAGUAAACCUGAAGGUAUUGGUGGUAUUUAACUGCAGAUGGGACAGAAGUUGUCCUGAAUCUAUAGCAGCGGAUCUGCUCUCAGAGGUGGCAAGUAGCAGAGUAAUGCCUGCAGGAUCCUUCCAAUUGGAACAGCUCAAGGUGGAGAGCAUCUCGGCAGUGCUUGUCGCUCCCAUCUGCAACCUCAUUGCCACUACCAUCCACACAGUGAUCUUCUGCCAUGAUCACCGGGUCAAAAGCUUCACGGAAGAGCAAGAAAAGGCGCUUCAGCUCCUCACAUCACUCCGACACCUCGGAUUUGAUGGUUGUGGGGCUCUGCAGUCCCUCCCACGAGGGUUGCAUCGCCUUUAUUCACUGGAGAACUUAGAGGUCCUUUGGUGUUGUGAAGUCCAAUCCAUACCCAAGGAGGGCUUCCCUGUUUCACUGCAAAACCUACGCAUAAGGCCUUGCAGGACCGAGGUUAAGGAGCAAAUUGAGAAAAUCAGAAUAACAAACCCGGAUUUAUCUGUACAGUACGAGUAA